CCAACAAUAAGCAUCCCCCGCAAGACCACAGACGAAGUCGAUUGGAUCACCCCGCUCAAACACUACAUCCGCUCAACCCACCAAGACCCACAAUCAUUCUCCGAAGAAUGCUCCAUGAUCCACCACCUCCGUCAAUCCGUCCGCGGCGCAGAACGUAAUAAUACGGGACGAGAUUUGAUUUACAAGUAUUACGCGCAGUUGGAGUUACUGGAGCUCCGGGUACCCGUGGCGACGACGGCGGAGAAUGGAGCCGGGGAGGGGGUCAAGAUAUCGUUUCCGUGGCAUGAUGCGUUUACGGGGGCUCUGACCACGCAGUCUUCACUCGCAUUCGAGAAAGCGUCGCUUCUCUUUAAUCUUGGCGCGACGCUCUCUGCCAUAGCUUCGACCAUCGACCGCACCGACCCGGACGGCGCAAAACGCUCAUACGCCGCCUUCCAGUCCGCAGCUGGCUGCUUUGCCUUCGUCGAUGAGAACUUUCUUCACGCACCCUCUACCGACCUCUCUCGCGAAGUUCUCACCAAGCUUCGGACGAUCAUGCUCGCGCAAGCACAGGAGGUCUUUCUCGAAUACACCCUGGCAGGCGGUAAAGCAAAACCGGCAUUGGUUUCGAAAUUGGCUGGGCAGGCGGCGUUUUACUAUACACAGGCACUGGAGGAUUUACAGGAACACGUGAAUAGCGGAGUCAUCGAGGGUGUGUGGCAUAGGCUGUGCACGCUGAAGCAAAAGUACAUGACAUCUAUCGCACACUUUUACGCUGCUACGGUCGACAGCGAUAACGGCGAGGCUGGUCGGGCGCUCGCACACCUUGCCGUGGCAGAAGCGACUGGAAAGGAAGCACUCAGAUUAACAACAAGUUUGGGAUACAGCCCAAGUCAAAGUCUCGGCGCGGAUGCUGCCUCGGUCCUUACCGAAAUCCUGAAGAACUGGACACAAACCGUGACAGAACUCCACGCCCGUACCGAAAAGGACAACGACUUUGUCUACCACCAGCUUGUUCCAAAAGAGGAAUCAGUACCUCCGCUCGGCAAGAUGAGCGCCGUAAAGUCUACACCCCUGACCGAACUGUAUGGCAAAGACACGGAUCUACAAAAGAUCAUCGGAGGGGAUAUCUUCCACAAAUUGGUUCCGUUGAGCGUGCACGCGAGUAGCAGUAUGUACUCCGAAGAAAAAGCAAAGAUGCUCCGCGCGGAAACCGAGCGUGUCGAAGUCGCCGACGAGGAAGUCCAUAGCGGUGUCGAGUACCUCGGCCUUCCCGCCACUCUUGCCGGGUACAAAUUUGCCGAGGAGGAGCGGAUAUUGGAAGAAUUGGCGACACCCACUGGAGAUGUACGGCGGAUGGCUGCGGAAGUCGCGGAGAUGGAGAAGGAUGGGAAGGUGGAGGGUAUGAUGGAGACGCUGAGGAAGUUGAAAGCGAAGGUUGGGGAGGCGGUUAGGGGGAUUGAGUUGACACUCGAUGAGGAAGCGAGGGAGUGCGAAUCCAUGCGUGCGCGAUAUCAGGAGAAGUGGACCCAACCGCCUGCCUCUGCACACCCGAAGGCCAAGGACAGCAGGCGCGAACUCGUGUCAUACAAGGACAGUCUCGAGAAGGCUACGGAGAGUGAUGGGAGAUUGAUGAGUCUGUGGGGUGUUCAUCGUGCCGAUUUCGAGAUCCUGAGGGAGGGUGGGGAGGGUGCGGCGUUGGAUGCUGCUUUUGGGGAUGCGGCGAUUAGGGCCACGACAAUGACACCUACGCCGUCGCAGGAGAAGUCCUUGCUUGAUCUCGAUUUCGGUGAUCCAACGCCGAAGAUGGACGUUAAGAGGGUAGCGGGGGAGAUCGAACAGCUCCUAAGUACGCUGGAGAUCUUGAAGAGGGAACGAACGAACACAUUGAAGGAUCUAAGGGAGCGUGCGCAUAGCGACGACAUCUCCGAUGUUCUCAUUCUGAACAAACGACACCCUGGUGGCGAAAAGGAGGUCUUUAGACACGAACUCGAGAAGUUCCGACCUUACUCUCAACGAAUCAGUGCAACGAUCGCGAAAGGUGAGGAUGUACUUCGUGAGAUAUCUGCGAGGUUCAAGGUGUUGAACGAAGAUUCCGGAGCACGGAAACAGCGGAAACGAUGGGACGGACUUCGUCGGGGACGGGACCAGUCGACUCGCCGGUUCGGGGACGCGUAUGAUGCGUACAAGGAUGUACGUGAGGGCGUAAAGCGGGGUGUGGAGUUUUAUACCGAGCUCAACCAGAUCCUAACUAAACUUAAGAGCGACGUGGACGUGUACAUCGACGAACGAAGACAAGAGGGAAAGAGGAUCUUCGAGCGAUUGCAG